AGAGAGAGAGAGAGAGAGAGAAAGAGAGGGAAGGAGGUGGUAAGAGAGAAAGAGAGAGAGAGUGUGUGUGUGUGUGUGAGAGAGAGAGAGAGAGAGAGAGAGAGAGAGAGAGAUGAGAAAAUGUGGCGCGCGGGCCAGCACGCUGUACCAUGCGAGCUAAACUCGCCGGACCCGGGGAUGUGGGCUCAAGCUCGACGGUGACGCGCAUCAGCCCAGUGCACGCGGAGGGAAACGAUUUUCCAGGAACUUUGGAGCGGAGGGUCCGCGGGGAAACAUGGCCGAAGGAGGGCCAGGCAAAGGUGGCGGCGGAAAGCCCACCAAGACCUCCGGGCAAGAGGAGCGGACCCAGUCGGGCUCGGGCUACUGCAAGUGGUUCAACGUUCGCAUGGGCUUUGGAUUUAUCUCGAUGACCCACAGCGAGGGAAACCCGGUGGAGCCUCCACUGGACGUGUUCGUUCACCAAAGUAAGUUGGUGAUGGAGGGGUUCCGGAGUCUUCGUGAAGGAGAGCAGGUGGAGUUUACCUUUAAGAGGUCCAGUAAAGGGCUGGAGUCGCUCAGGGUAACCGGGCCUGGCGGGGGGCCCUGCUCCGGCAGCGACCGACGCCCCAAAGGGAAGGCCCCGCCCCUCAAACGCAAACCAAAGGGAGACCGGUGUUAUAACUGUGGAGGCCUGGACCACCAUGCUAAAGAGUGUGGCCUGCCACCUCAGCCAAAGAAAUGCCACUACUGUCAGAGUGUAAUGCACAUGGUGGCCCAGUGUCCCCACAAGGGGGCGCUGUCACCCUCCACUUCUCAGGACCCCCACUUCUCCUCCACUGCCUCCACACAGUCGCAGGAGGAGGGCAGCCGCUCGGGCUCGUCCCCCCGGGAAGGCCCCUCGUCCUCGCCGGAGGAAGUUCAUCAGCGCGGAGCUCAUGGGCAGCGCUUGAGGAAAACUCGAGACUGACUGCAAGCUCGCCUCCCAACUUCUCCCAACCUUUCACCUCAGUCUGAGAGAGCCUGGAUCCAGCAUCUUCUACCUCAUGCGUUCGAGUAACGGGGGGUGCUCUCCUACACCGCAGCUAUGGCAACGGUCGGCGCAUCAGUGCGUGUGUGUGUGUGUGAGUGUGUGUGUGAAAGCCUGAUACCUUGACUUGCCCUCUAUGCAACUAUGGCACAAGUUAUUGGGGGGUAGCUGAGGUAGGGGCGCAUGUGUGUCUACUUGUGUUUGUGUGUCUCAAAUGGUCAAGACUGACGUCAGAGGGACAAAAUGAAUGUCAACCCUUGUGAUUAGUCGUAUUUUCACGCGGAUAGUGACAAAACGCUCUGCCUGUCUCUGACUGUUUGCCAGAUGAAGGGUCAGAACUCCACUGGGCGCCACGUGUUUUCAGAAGGCAGGUGCAAAAUCAUGGGUGGUAACCACAAUAACUCCAACACAAGCCAAAAAUCAGCAAUCAUGGUGAAUAGAGUGAUUACUCUAACAUAGCUUUUCACACAGCAGGCAAUGUUUGUACAGCAGGUGGAAAAUCAGGGGUCACUGCGGUUGUAGCCUAAAGGUGUUAAUCACAGUGACCAUGAAUAUAUUUUUGUAAUCUGUAUAAAACAUUGAAAUCAGACCACUGUAACCACUAUAACAGGGACAAAUAAUAAUAAGCAAGAUAUUUCUUGUUUGAUCAGUGGUUUGGCUAAUGCUAGCUAGCUAGCUAACUAAUGAACUUACUAAAAAAUGAGGUAAAAUGAGGUGAAAAUUAGGUGGUUUUUAUUGUACCAGUCACCUCACACACAGUUUUUCAGUCAAAGUCUGUAUAGUAGAAUAAAUCACACCGUGCAGUGCAGGAAACUGUGCAGGUGGAAAACCUGCUAUUUUAACUUUUAGCUACCAGCACAAUCCUCACGUUGUGACUACAAAAGUUUUCAAAGUGGAAUCUGUGGCUCCACCCACAUUGCAUCACCUGGCACAAUGUUGUACAGUGUGUCUUGCUGACUUGCUAGCUAGCAUUACUAGCCACAAGUUUUAUUAUAACAGUAAGACAAAACAAGACAAAAAAGUUGUUGGCUAUUAAAAAGCCCUUUACACCUCAUGUGCAACUUUAAGCAGCUUAAUAAUGAACACGUCACUAUUGCUUAGCUUUACAAAGGUACAAAUCACAACAUACUGUUCUUUUCUCUUCUUACCUGCUAACAUUCCUUCACCUUCUGAAACAUUCUGUUUUGUUCCGUUUUGAUAAGAUCAGGAAGCCAGUAAAGCAGCCAGACACUCAUGAGAUUGAUCAACAUUAGCCUAAUGCUAACUAAUGCUAGCAUGAAUCAUACAAUCAUACUACAAAUCCACUAUACCAUUUAAAUGCCCCAAACUGAGACAUAAUGGGCAUGUAUGUGUGUAAGUGUGUGUAAGUGUGUGUGUGUGUGUAGCUGGAGGCACAUGAGCACAUACAUGGAUGCUAAUCUUGUGUGCAGAAGGUCAGUGAGGCGUUUGCUAACUCAAGCCUUGAUAAGACUGUUGGCUACCUGAACUUCUUUGGCGCUUGAUACUAGCCUUAUGUUCAGGAGUAGACUAACACAUUACUUUUACAAAUCUCAAGACUAAAACAUUUACGUAUAUUUAAAGGCGUUAUAUCUAUAGUAUAGAUUUUCAGUUGUUUCUUGCUUAGUAACAGACAGUUCCACGGUAAUAAAUGAUAAUAUAAGGUAUUAAUAUAUGUGUUUCCUAAGAGUUUAUGAAAGAGUAUGAGGUUUUAAGUAUGUAAAAACUGAAUAUGUAGGUAGAUAAAGUUCUUUCCUUUUCUUGGUGUGUAAAAGUCCAGAGUUACAUCAUACCUCUUCUUAGAGCUCCAUCACUCCGUCACUGUUCUCAUAGAGGAUUAGGCAACCAGAAUUAAAACACUGAAACAUUGUGUAGUGACAUUCAGAGGAAAAAGAACAUUCUCAAAGUCACAUGUUACCAUGAGACACAAUCAAACGAUCAGCAAUUUACCAAACUUUGUUCAUUUAUAUUUACAGAAAAAAACUAACAAAACUACAGAUUUUUACAUAUCAAAUGUAUUAUAGGGUAGAUUCAAAGCAGUAACCUUCUCAAAUUUGACCUGAAAAGACACAUUGUGGAUUUCAAUGUAAAAAAUAUAUAUAUUAGCAUGCAGCCUUACAAAAUCAAAAAACUUAAUUAAAGAUUAAAUUAGAUUACACAAGCUAGAAUUUAAUCCAAAGCAUGACAUUAACAUGAACAACAAUACCCUGAUGAGCCAAAUAUUCAGAAACUUAAAUUGCUAUGAUGGUUCCCCAUGGUAUUUGACAUGGGCAUCAGCUCAUCAAACUCAGUUUCAAGGUAAAUAUGCUUCAGAAAUGUUAUGAAUUCUCAUGCAGCCAUUCAGAAAUUCGAAAACUUUUUUUUCACUCAAUUAAACAGUUAAAACCAGUAGAUUCACUUUUGAACCUGUUGGUUUCAUUCAGAUGAGAUGUUUUGCCAUAAUUAUAAAUAUAUAGGCCAUUUUCUGAGCAAAGAACAGCGUGACUGAUGUUAGCUAAUGUGCUAGCCAUAGGUAUAUGUUUUUAUUAAUGUUGUUUAGUUAUUUGAGUGCUUAGUUAUGAGGUAAAGUGUUGAAUAUGUGUUCUCUGUAACGCCACUUUAAUAAUACAGUUGUUAAGCAAAACUGACUGGAAAGAUGAAAAAGACUUUAAGGUAUAGUUCAACUAGUUUUCAGAACUAAACAGCAUUAUAAUUUAACAGUUAAUUAAAUAUAAGAAAAGUAUAUGUAUUCAAAUAGGACAGGAAAUCAACACAAAAUAUGUGUUUAGUGUAACACCUUCUGGUCCCAUCAUUGACAUUUAUAUGUGGGGCCCCCAUGGAACAAAAAAUUAACUAUACUAACUAUACAGAGCCCACAUGGACCGUUUGACUUAUUUGAAUACAAAAUCACUGUUUAAGUAUUUGUUGCAUUUCACUGUUGCAUGUUAUCCUUUAACAGGACUGUAAAAUCUGACAGUUCAGCUGACAUUUGCGGUUAAGUAUGUGUAUUACACCGUGUUACAAAACAUGAGUGCCUAAAAGUAUACCUAAACCUGUAGCAAAGGAAAGGUACAUUCCAAAAAAGUGAAAAUAAAUUUAUUAGAAAGACUAUCAUCUUAGCACAUUAGGAAUAGAACAUCAAUAUCUAGCAUAUUCACCGUUUUUAUUACGUUUACCACCAAAAUUUGUGUUUAUUGGCUGCCUAGAUAACAUGUUUAGGGUCACUCUCACAAAAGCAUCUCAGUGGUAAAAUCAUUUUAAUCAGUAUAAAUUAUUUUAAGCUAAGGUGUUUGUAAAGAGCCAAACCUGAAUAACUGUCAACUUAUUAAAUUUCAGUCAGAAAUACUGGGCCAGUUUAAAUUUGUUUGUUUGGAAUACAAGCAUAUCAAGUUAUAUAUUCAUGCUUUUUGCUUCACAUCCAUGGUGAGAUAAAAAAAAUAAAAAUAAAAAAAAAGCACUGCGGAUUGUACCUUUAUACACUGCAGGAAUGAUUUCCUCAGUGAGUCUUUGUCCUUGAAAUCUCACUAACAAUACAGAAAACUAACAUUGUCUACAUUGUUGCUUCCUCUGUCUUUACGUAUAACAGACUGAGAUGGCAGCCAGAUUCUUGAGCUUUUUGAAAGAAAGAAAGAAAGAAAGGCAUUGGCUUUUCUGUGGGCGUGUGGAUGUGUGUGUGUGUGUGUGUGUGUGUGUGGAUGUAUGUGUGUGAGUGUAUGUGUGUGCAUGUGCAUAUUUUUUCACACAUACUUUUAUGAAGAGAGAGAGAGAAAGACAGGGUGAGCGAGCUGCUUUUCAAAAGUGACUUAAACUGGCACAUAGCUUCCGCUAUACCGUCUAGAAACGUGGCGACUCUUCUCUGACCAUAUUGAAUGUGAAAAAGUAAAACAAGAACUUGUUGAACUCAAAGCAACUGCACAUGACUGUUCCUGACUGGUUGCUUGGUGAAUUUUGUUCUUUUUUAAAUCGUGUGUUGACAAAUCAAACAGCCGUGUAUAUACAUAUACACAUAUAUUGUUUCUGCCACACAAAACUGUUACACCCCCAUUUUUGCCUUUUUACCUGUUAUGACCAUGUAAAUCUGGUAGUUGCUCUUUGUACUGUGUUAAAAGUUAUGAUAAAUAGACCAAUAGAAAUGCUCCAAAAUGAUAUGGAAUGAACUUGUUUCAGUUACAUAAUUUAAAAACACCAGCUCCUCUUGUUUUUCUAAAACUGCAACUUUAUAUAAGGAGGAAAUUACCUUCUUUACUUUAUAAUGAAAGACAAUGGAAAAAAAAAACUUUAUUCUAAUAGAGCAGUUCUAUUGGUCUAUUCACAGUGUAAAUAACACACGUCAGUUAUUGCAAUUAUGUAAAAAAGUGGAAAGUGUCAAAAGUGGAGAUAUAGUUUUUUGUGUGACAGUGAAAACACAGUGUGUGUGUAUAUAUAUAUAUAUAUAUAUAUAUAUGAAGGCUUUUACAACAGAAAACCAACUAUAUUUUGGUAUAGAUGUAUAUACCAAAGACAGAUAGUGGCUGUACUGAAGGCAUUAGAGGUGUGGAACUUUACUCUGUGUUAAUCUGCCCCGCUGAUAUGAAAGGUGGGAUUUGUCUUAAAAGUUUAACACUGACGUGGAAUGCAGCUUUUUUUUUUAUUGCACGCACAAGUGCAUGUGUGUGCGUUGUACUUAAUCGAUCAAACGCACAAAAAAUCACUAAAGGACACAAUCUGAGAGUAAGAAAACUGACAGACAAACUGGCACAGCACAGACCAAUACUUGGCAUACCAAUUUGUACAGCGUAUUUUUUUACAUUUCUACCCGCAGAUCCACUCAGGAUGAACUUCUCUCAGGGAACGAAGCAAAUAAACGAAUCAAUGUUAUUCUUUUGGGAAGAAUUCAUCAUUUCCUCAGCAGACCUACUCUUGACUGUUGAUUUUACACACAUACUCAUGUACUGAUAUAUUUAGGAACUACCUCUUUGAGUUAUACAUAGUUAUUCAUAUUUUCUUGUUUGUUUUUUACAUUUUGAUGUAUUUUGUUUUCUGAAAGGAAUUGUAGAGGAUCUUUGUUUUUCUGUGUUUAUUUUAACAGUAAUAAUUUUUACUUUUUUUGUUUACAGCAAAAGCCUACCUCAUUUUCUCUGUUCAUCUCUGGCUCAGACUUGCUUGGCUGAUGUGAGAUCAGUGUGAAAUAAUAUAUAGGGCGAGGGUGGGGCAGAGGAAAAACUGACCAGGGACCUGUCUUUAAGGGUGGGGGAAAAGGGGGUUUGGAUGAACAGCCAGAGCUAGGGCUGCACAGUGUUAACACAGAGGCAUCAUGUGAUAAAGGGAGACUGAUGGAAUUUUACCAUUACUAAAUUUGGAAGAUGUAAAAGUCUGUACCAGAUUAAUGAUGCGUUUUUACCAUCUAAUGAUGAAUCCAACUGAAAUCUUUUGUUAAGAAUGGUUGGUCCAGUGAUUCUAUAUAGAACUGUGACAACUUUAAAGAACAAAUUGAAUGGCUUGGUUUUUCUUUGGUUAAAUGGUGCACCAAGAAAAAAAACUCUUAUAGAUGGUUCUUAACUUUGUUUAUUGUUGUUAAUUGUAGUAGUAAAGAGCAUUUUUUCACCAUUUUCAAAAGAAUUCGCCACAAGUAAUUUUUUUAUUAAUAAACAUCCUUAUGGUUUUUUGAGUUGCCAAUUUUGUAGAACCUGUCUUUACGCAUUUUGCUCACUGGGUUCCUGGUGGUUAAUACACCCUGAACCAGGCUGACCAGUCCCAUUCUAAAUGGACUGCCUGAACAGAUCAAAACGAAAGCUAGCGAGCACAGACGAUUGACACUUACAAUACUGUUGUUGCCUAGCAACAAGGAGACACACAGCCCCAAGUGCAGUUGGCCUUCCAGGAAAUAAAACGCCAACGUGACCUCCCCCUUCCAAUAUAGGAACUGCCAAAAGUCCGGCUGACUCAAGAACAGGGUUGUUUUUAUUGUAGUUGGUAGAGCGCCCGUGUUUCAUUGGUUGUUGUUCUCUUGGUCAUGGUUACAAAACAUUGUCAUCUGCUAAGGUGGCCUUUAAAAGAACGAAAAAAAGCUCAGAGAUCCCUGCGAAAUGGCCUCUAAUUGUUGUUUGUCUUUUGUUGUAAACUACAGAUUCUUUUUUUGUGACAUUAAUACUAAACAAUAAGAUAAGAGUAGUUUUAUACUAAUAGCCAAUUCACAUGUGUAAUAUUAAUUUCAAAUGUUUUUGUUUGUUUGCUUUUUUUUUUUUUGUCUGAUAUUCUGGGAGGAAUGAAAAAUAUUCAGGCAGCGAGGUUAUAUUCUGACAUACUGACAUACUCAUUUCUGCUAUUUUCUAACUACUGAUGUUUUUUGUUCUGCCCUGCUGGAACAAGAGAUUUUGACUUUGUUAGAAAUGCUAAGAGUCUGAAGCUGGAUGGUCGUAACAUACUUCCAGGUUUAAAAUGCUUAAUUUUUUCCUCCAGUGUGAUAUGUUAAAGAAAUGUAAAACAGUAGUAUUUUUGGCAACACUUAACUGAAGUGCAGUGUUUAUAAUUCUACACAGAGACCUGCUAAUGUCUGGUACAUAAGUUAGUAUGUAGCCCAAGAAAUGUGUUGUUAAAAAGAUGCUGAAAAAAUGUUUGUUGAGCUGUUUGUUGAAAGUUGGUUUUCGUUUUUGGUCAAAAGGUGAAAGUACGUUUCUUUGAAGUGGUUGAAAAAAUGUUAAGGAUGUAUUUUCUGUGUAUAGAUUUGGUUGAAAGUUAAAGGUGAAAAGAAAGAUUUUCAACCACUUUAAAAAUCUCUUUCAACGAAAUCUAUACAAAGAAAAUAUAUCCUUACAUACACAUCUUUUCAACCACCUCAAUAGAAAGUCUUUUUACCUUUCAAUCAAAACGGAACAUGGUUUAAAUUAACAGUUGCAACGAUUUUUCAACAUCUUUUUAAGGACAUAGUGCUUUCUCUUAUAAAGCAUGAGGCAGAAUGUGCCUUCUUGUUGUCAAAGUUCCAGCCUUUGUACUCCCCAGAUAAAUAAAGUCCAGAUUGACUAGUGACUUUUACAGCUAUUGAAAUUAUGUUUUCAGUUGUCAACAAAGGCUUGUCAUACAGUUUUAUGGACGCUGCCAUUAAAUGUUGCCUAGUUUUUCCAGCAAAAUGUAAAGGACAUUAAAAAACAUGUUAAAAAGCCUUUGUUCAACAUUGAUCUUGACUUUCUUAGUGAUGAUUUAAUAUAAUUUUAUUGUUAGUAUUAUCUUUACAUAUUUGUCCACAUUACAACACAGGAAGUAUGAAAUUGGACAAAAUAAAACACAAAGUUAUAUCUAAAAAAAAAUCUGCUAUUAGCUAUUGUAGUGUUUUUAAUAACGUUUAGUAUUAUCUUUCUUGUUCUCUCCUGAUUGGGAUACAGAAAAUGACAACAAUCAUUUUAGUGUUAAGCUUUUUCAUUUUUUUUCUUUCCCCAUACAUACCUCAAUAACUGUCAGCUGCUGUUAUACUUUGUCUCUGAGCUAAUUAUUUUUAUUUUUUUUUGGUUGUAAAAGUUGAGUAUUGUAUGCCUUAUGUAUUACAGAUAUGAUAUGGAUAAAGUCAGUGAGAUGACGUGACGUGACAGACUAACUGGGGAGCAUUUUAAUGUUAACUGGACUGAAUAUACCGAUACUGAAAUGAUUGUUAUAAGAAAACCUGUGAAUGAUGAAUGAUACUAGAUGGGUCAUGCACAUGUUUUUGAACAGGGGAGAAUGUAUUUUAGUAGUGCAUCACGUUAACCCUCAUUAACCCAGUCCUAGCUGAAGAAUAUGCCUUCUCUCAGUGCUUAUAUUGGAAUGGAAUGUGUUUGCAGUAGGCUUUACUGUUUGCCUUUACCUUCGGUUAGGUUCAAUUAAAGCACUGAUUGCCUCUUUUUGAUAUUACUUUAAGUGCAUAUCACUCUUUGUAACCUCAUAUCCGUUCUGCCCUUUUUGGUCUGUGAAUCUUGCAUUUUUGAGUAUGUUUAAUUGUUUUAUUGAUUGAAAUAAACAUGUUAUAUCAAAUA